CCCCAGGAUCCCACGCCUUCAUGACGGCCUAAUACCAGCAUCUUCGCAACCCACAACACCCGACAUUCACCACAUCGAUAUCCACCCCGCGCCACCAUGGGGCACGCCUGGUUGGACUCCUUGUCGGAGGACUGGGUGUCGCAACCUGGAUCUGCCGACGCGUCCUUUGCCGAAGCUGCUCCUUCCCCCGACCCGAAGCUGCCAAAACCUCAAACGCCGAGUAGGAUACCGCGUUUGAGUCCCCACACCAGGAAAUUCCACAAUCCCCCAGGUGGAAGUGGCAACAACGCCAACAGCGGUGGCAGCAACAGCGGUAAUAACGCUAGUGGGAAUAUCCUCGGCGAACGAAGCAUUAAUGAACGACUGGCCGCCCUGCGUCGCACCCCAUCCAAGCUCUCACAGGAGCUGAGUCCCAAUGGCCGCGAUUGCCAUGCUUGCCGCUCCGCCUCAGCCUCGACUACUAAUUCCGUCGUCCGCAAGAGCUUUCUGCGUAAGUCGCUGAGCGCCUCACAGUCUAAGGGGCAAGGGGGCGACACACCCGAGUGGAAACGGCGUCUCGUCUAUGGGGACUUGUCAUAUGGGGAACAAAAAGACCUGUUCACGUCUGCAGGCACGGGACUGGAGAAUAUGUUCAAGCCCCCACUGGCGAUGUCAGGAGGCCCUUCACGAGACGGACCAACCGGGUCCUCCUACCACGAACACGACUCACAGUUGGAUGUCGCCGUCCCAUCCAGUCCUCCCCCAUAUCACUACCAGCGCGAUCCAUCGACAGUGGAGAUACAUGUAGACGAAGCACCACAAAAUUCUGGGUCGGCACGAACUCGACACACCGAUGCGCCCGCCGAUGCAAGGGGGGAAUCUGGGUUCGGCACCCACCAGGAGGGUUGUUCGCAUCACUCGUCCAACAUGAACCAGACGGCACUGUCGGCCGACGGCGAGUCGCGCAAGGUCAGUGGCCGGAGCGACAUACGCAACGAAGACUUCAGUCCUAUUAUUCUGGAGAGGCGCCAAGCUAGCGACGGCGCGACGACUUUCAGUCCCGCCGACCUGCCUCCCGAUGAGCUCCGCAAGCGGCUCGAGAUGUUGCGACGAAACCAAAUGAUCGUCACGGGCGAUGCCAAUGGGGGCUCGACCCAGAACCGAACUGCACCACGUCAUCUUGAAAUCACACAAGACCACUUUAGGUUAGACGGGUUCGUCAACUUUCAAAGAGGCGGUCGGUCCGGGGAGGGUUCUUUCCGCAACCACGUGCUGAGCUCCGCUCUAAACGACAGCUCCGAGCUGAACCCGGAGGAGUCCCUCCAAGCGAGCACCCCGAAGCAGUUUCCGAGCGUAAGGGUCGAACAAUGGGACACGUCCGAGCACGUCCCCGUCGAUAGCCCAGACUUCCCACGGGCCCCGGACCCGAGCCCAGAGAAACGGCGGGUACCGGUGCAUCUCAGCCCUGACAGCCCCCUGAAACUCUUCCAACCUUACGAUACCUUUACCAACCAGACCCUCCUCAGGCGCCUAAGUCAGAUGCAUGAAGAAGCAGGGGAUAAUUCCUUCUCGAUAGCCGUAGACGAGAGUCGGCUACAGGGUGACAGCCCAUCAAGGCUACUCCUCCCAGCGUCCCACGAUGGGGUUGAGGAUCAUUCUUCCGCUUAUGCCAACAGGUUUGGCGCUGGAGAACUUGACGGGUACGAAUUCAACGAUGAGUUUUCCCACAUGACCCACGACGCCACUGGUAUGGACGGGGAUAAGGAGAACCGCGAGCCGGACGAAGACUCUAUCCUUCCGUCUCACCCACCCAUUUUUGACCUCACCCACGACUCUUCGCCGUUGGAGACACCGGAGCUCGUGGUAGAUCGGCGGCGGAAGUCUACGACCUCCCAUCCGUCGCGACGUUCAGGCAGGGCUUCGUUUCCCGCUUAUUUCGACCUCUCUCCACCCGGGGGACGGAGGGACUUGUCUGGUCCGGAAAUCAAGCGGCCCCGCACAUCGCCCACAAAAGACCCUACUCCCAAGCGGCGGAGGACCUUGCACAGAUCAGACGUCUCAUAUGGGACCGAAGAGUUUAACUCGGCGGCCGACUCUGCCCAAUUGUCCCACCACCAGGGACGAUCGGGUCUGGGCCGGUUCAGGGAAGACGCUUACAGCAGCAGCCACCAUGGCACCGCGGAAUUUGACGGCCGACAAUCGGUACGUCCCCGGACGCCGACACCAAACCAGAGGUCUUCAAUCCAGCGGGAGCGCCAGUCCCUUGCCCAAAUGGAGAGGUCGCCUGGCCGUUCAAGUAGGCACUCGCAGCCUCCGCUCGCCCACCCGGUGGGUGCCACAGUUGAGACACACCGGAAACCAUCCAUCAAGACCGAGGACUUCAUCAAUGAAGCAAACAAAAUCAUGGCCAUGAUCCGCAGCAAGGCCGGCCUAGCGAGCGGUCUUACCAGCGUCGAAGAAUCCGACGAAGAAAAGGGCCAACCCUCUCCAGAACUUGACGGAUCCUUUGAGGAGUCUACUCAGGAACCCUUCUCCCGACCGCCCAGCCGGGAGGGUCGUCCUCCCCUCACGCGUAUGUCCACGAAGCAGGAGGACCCUGUUCUUGCCGAGCAGCUCAAGAAAUACGAGGAGGCCAGCGACAUGGGUGACCUGAUUCCCUCGUCGGUGCGCUCAACUCGGCUUGCCCAAGAAGCGAUUUCCGUAACAAGGGAGCAAGCGACGGCGGAGUGGGCUAACAGCCAGAGUCAAACAUCCGAGCCCCAUUCCGAUUUCGUCAGUGACCCUCCAAACAUUCGCAUCUCGCGGAACCCCGACUGGCAAGAGCAACAUUCUGCCCAUGGCCCCGACGAUGCCGUACCCUCCCAAGACUCGGCGCGCUUCAAUACCCAUAGUACGGGCGUUUCCAUUCCGACUGUGUCAUCUGGCGGGUCAUCACGGGGAUCUGACGCAAGGAAAACAAUCAUGCCGGAAAGCGUCUGCCACUUGAUUCCGGACCAGGUCGGGAACAUGAUUCUGGACAGGCAGCGCAACAUGUGGAUCAGGAGGAAGGGAUCCGCCGAGUCGAAAGAGAGUUUCAUACAGUCCGAGAUCAGCGAGGACGACCCGUUUGCCGAUAUUCCAGAUCUAUCGGUCGAUGUGACGAGGGAGAUGCAGAACCUCCUCUUGACUAGAAAGAGAGAGGAUGCGCUCCAAAACCGCGAUCCAAGCGCCGCACAAAUCAGCCCGACGAAGCCGCAUAGGGUGGGUUCACUUACAAGGGCGGCCCUUGAUGCGGCCGUCGGGUCGCCAAUCAACCAAUACCCGGAUCUGGGCGGCCGUGAAGAGUUCGUCGAGCAUGAAAUCAGCGUCAACGAAGAAGGAGUAAAGGAAACCAGGCGACUCACCAUCAGCUUCUCGUCUCCCGUCGCAUCCGUGAUCCAAGACGUGGCCGGCAUCAAUGAUAUGCUGCCCGGGGACAACAUGCUCGACCAGGAGACCGACUCCCGGGACCCACCGGCUAGGGGUCGGAGAAUAGUCUCGGUUCACAAAACGACGAGGAGUAGGUCGGCCAGGUCACGCAGCACCUCGCGCGGCCCGGCGCGCCAUCUCUCUUUCCGGGGCAAAUCUCUGAUGGCACGCCCCGUGUCCAGGAUCGACGAACGAGAUGAAGAUUCUGCCGGGGGCCAUGACCAGGGCCAUGAGCCAGUUUCGGGUAUGGAACUAAGCGUCCUAGGGGACUACAGCCUGGCCAACAGGGACGACAGCGGGGGCCACGGCAGCCUCAGUUUCGUGGUCGGGACUCCAGUGAGGGCUCCGACUUGUCCAGUCCCCGGUGCCGACGCCGCCCCCAUCAUUAGCCAAUACGUUGGCACGUUCUCUCUCAGCCCGCUUCCGGAUUUCACGAUGCACCGUGCGGAAGAAACACUGGCCCUUGAAGCCAGCUAUGUGGUUGAUGACCAUCGUCUUGUUACGGGCGAUAAGUCGAGACGGGUCAUGUCAAUGAGCAUGCGCGAGCUGGUUGAGAAGCUCGCCGAGGUGGAACCCUUCGAGCCGUACUGGGAAGACAUGCGGGAGCUUGAGCUGCGCGGGAAGGGACUCAGCGCGCUGCAAGCGCUUGAUGCGUAUUGUGGGCAGCUCGAGAGUCUCGACGUUUCCAAGAACAUGAUUAGGAACCUUGGUGGCAUCCCCUCGUCGAUCCUGCACCUGCGGAUAACGGACAACCAACUCUCCAGUCUCACGGCCUGGAACCAUCUGAUGAACCUACAAUACGUCGACGUCUCAAACAACGGGCUUACUACCCUGGCGGCUUUCAAGAGCCUCAUCCACUUGCGCAGUCUCCGAGCGGACAACAACCAGAUUACCAGUCUGGACGGCAUCAAGUUCCACAAGGGGCUGCAAACUCUCCGUGCGCGAGGGAACCUCAUCGAGCAAGUCGAUUUUGACGGCAGCACGCUGCACCAGCUCACCGAUCUCGAUCUGAAAAACAACCAGAUCAGCCACAUUACCAAUAUCGAUCAGCUUCCCUCCCUCAGCUCCCUCAACCUCGAUUCCAACCAGCUCACCUCCUUCUCGGUCGACGCCGUCCAGCCAGUGACCGCCCUUCGGUAUCUCCGUCUCGACGACAACAACAUCACCACGCUCAACGUGCGCGCCCUCCCGCACCUGCGCCUACUUCACGCAGAUCGCAACGCGCUUGUCCACAUAUCCGGCUUCUCCCGCGCGCGCCGCAUCGACUCCCUCUCCCUGCGCGAACAGCACGGUACCGCACCACUGGACCUCCCCCACCUACUCUCGCGCGCGUACGAGGUCCGCAAGCUGUACCUCUCCGGCAACCUCCUCGAGUCCUUCUCCCCGCGAACCGACCUGCUCAACCUCCAGCUCCUCGAGCUCGCCAACUGCGGCCUGUCGGCCCUGCCCGACGAGGUCGGCCUCGCGAUGCCCAACCUGCGCGUGCUCAACCUCAACAUGAACGCCCUCGCCGACCUCGCCCCGCUGCGCGCCGUCCCCCGCCUCAAGCGCCUCUUUGCCGCCGGCAACCGCCUCGCCGACCCCGCCCGCGUCGUCGGCACCCUCGGCGGCAUGGCCUGUCUGAGCGUUGUUGAUUUGCGCGAUAACCCGCUCACGCAGGGGUUCUACGCGCCCGUGCAGGUGGUCGUGCGCCAGCGCAAGGGGGGCGAUCGUGAUCAGGACAAGGAUGACGGUGUGGAUGGUGAGGAGGGGGCCGAGCAGUUCGCGCUGGGCGACCAGGACGCCGAGAGGGAUGCGCGCUACUGUGCGCGGCUGGACAUGGACACGCGGGUCAGGCGGCGGUUGUACGAGACGAUGGUGCGCAAGAAGUGUGGGCGAGUGAAGCGGCUGGAUGGCCUGGUUUUGGGGAAGGGUCAGGGUGUUGGUGGUGGUGAGGAGGCUGGUGCCGAUAUGGUGUGGGCGGCGAUGGCGGAGAAGGGGCUUGUUAAGAGGCGGGCGCCUGGUCAGUCGGAGAGUGGGAAAGGGGAGGGGGGUGAGAAGAAAGUGGUGGCGGCAGCGGCGGAUAGGAGUGGUCGGUGGCCGGCGGAGGACAGCUUUGCUUGAUUUGUUUUGGUUGCCGGGCUGCUACCUUUUUUCUUGUUUUGAUUGAGGGUGUGUGUUGUUAUGGUGUGUCGGUAGGGGGUUUGGUGUUUUUCGUUUUUCUCUAGUCUUCGGACUAUCGGUUUUGCUGGUGUUUUAUUUGGGGUUAGG